AUGCAACCUGAAGCUGGGCGCCAUGGGACUGGUAGCCGGAAGGGCCGCAAAUCGGGCAAGAAGGGGGCUGGUGAGAGCAAAGGAGAUGGUGGCAAAGGGCUUGGAGAGAAUGUCAAGCCGGGUGGCAAAGGGAGCAGGGAGAAGAAGGACAAGACACAGGGAGGUGGCAAAGAGGGUGGGGAGAUCAGGGGUGAUGUCGAAGGGCGAGAUGCUGAGGGCUUCGAAUCCCAACAGUAUUCAGCUUUGCCACCUGGUCCAGCCGAUGCAGAGUGCAAGAGCUUUUCGAGUGAAGGUAGCACUACGGCUCACCUGGAAGGUGAAGAGGAGCAGUCAGUUCCAGGCGGUGAUGGCAAGGAAGUUCGUGUGGACGUGAAGGAGGAGCCCCGCGACCCGCCUCGGCGACAGACGGUGAGAUUCGCCGGCGACGGACGGGAAGGAUCAGAGAUUGGGGCAGCCAGCGGGCGCGGGAGCCAGUGUGACGAAGGAACAGCCAGCGGUCCACGCGCGAGAAAGGGGGAGACAGGUGAAGGAGAUCAAGAUGAAUCGGCUGAAGAUGACAAAAACAAGAUGAAAAGGAAGAGCACCGUGAUGGCUGCCUUCUCGCGCACGUGGACGCAGAAGCUCCCGAAAGGCUUUAACUGCCUGGAGCAUUUAGCUUUGGCUUUGGUUGGCGGGCUCUUUGGAGCCAGACGGUCUUUUAAGGCGGCCCAAACGUCAGCACAUCAAGGGCAUUAUUUCUCCUUAUUUCUGUAUGGCCUCGUCCUGACCUGUGGUCGCUUGUUUCUCUUUGUCCUCCCGCUGGCCUUGCUUGCAUUAGGAGUGACCUUCCUUGUGAAAGAAGGACCUUAUGUGGAAGAUAUCAACAAGGUCGUAAGAGCUCCGGGGAAACAACCAUAUUGGAUGAUCUUGAUCACAGGCAUCAUUGGAUCAGCAUCCAUCAACCUUGUCCUGGGGCCACCCAAACUGGUUGACACGCCGGACAGGCAGUCUUGUUGGCAAUGCGUAGGCAACGUCGCCAAAAGAUGCCUUACUCUUUACCUCUUGCUCUGGACCCUUUGGACCUGGGGAGACGAGAUUUGGCAGCUCACCAAGAUUGCUCGGGAACAGCAUGCAGCCGGCUCCCCCCUGGCGCGCAUCCUAAUGCUUGCCAUGGUCCAAUCUGCCACAAGCACACAGUGGGGUAGAUAUGUGGAUCAAAUUGCUUUGCUCAUGGUCUUCAACGACUACCUGAACUUCAAAGCAGCUCAUCACGACGAAUUUGUGGCAACAUGGAGCAAAUACAUGAAAGAUGUGGAGCAGGCUAAAGACUCUCUUGAGAAAGCGAUGGUGGAGCGACCUCUCAGUGAUGGUGAUGUGCCGAUGGAAAAAGCCAUUGCACGCUCAGUGCUGGACACACCACGCUUGGUGAGUUUGAUUGUCAAGGCUUUCCCUGCGUUUAUUUGGCUUCUGGCUUCUGGAGUGGAGCUCCUUAGCCACAUUCCACCCCCGAUAUUGGACGACAGAGGUGAUGAUCCUCCAAAACCGGAAGAUUCUGAACAUCCUGAUCAAGAGGCAGGCGAUGCAGGCCGAGGCGGUCAGAGAGGGAGCGUGACAAGUCUACAUCUAGAGGGCACAGAAGAUGUUAUUAAGCUAUACCGUCGUCCGAGCGACGAGAGCGACGAGAGCGACUUGAAGGUGGUGGUAAGCGCCAUGGCCCUGACCGGCUUUGGGCCUGGACAUUGCGAUCGUGCUGUGAAGUACCUCUUAUACACUACCUGGUACUCGGAGCAUAAGCCCGCAAAGGAAUUGAGAGAGAACUAUAAACGCGAGAUACAGACUCUACGUGCAACUGGAAUCACUCGAGAUGGGUGGUGCUAUAUUGUGAUGUAUGCGGCAGUUGGCAAAGUCAUGAUGGACUUCAUCGUCGUGGUCAUGUCGCGGCUUCUGGCCGGGGCUGGAUACUUCGAUUCCAUCUGGUUAACCCUAACGGAUCGCAGCACGAAGACCUUUAUAGAGCAAUUCCGCUACAUGCCGAUCGCGCACCAGGUGUUCAAUUGGGUUGAGACAGUUUUCUAA